AUGUCUAUUCUAAGAAUUGAUACUAAUGUUUCACAUGUGGAUAUUGAUGACGCCUUUUUAGUGGAAAGUACAGAAGCUCUUGCUAAAACUUUAAAAAAACCAAAAUCUGAUAUUUUAGUAUUUGUUAAUGGAGACCAACCUAUGCUUAUUGCUGGUUCUGAUGAACCAGCAAUAAUUGUAUCAUUACUCAGCGUAGGUGGUAUAAAUGAAAUUGAUAACAAACUCCACUCGGCUGCAUUGUUGUCAUUGAUUACAAAAUACCUAAAAAUAAAUGAAAAUAGAAUUACAAUUGCAUUCAGUCCAAUUGAACCACAUGCCAUGGGACGCAAUGGAAAAAUGAUAACUCAAUGA